ACUUCUUCGUUCACUGACGAGUCUACAUCUUGAACUCAGAGUCACAGCAUCCAGAUUCCACACCCGGUCACGAUGUCAAAACGAGGCGCAUCUCCACCGCCAUCUACAGAAGGAACUCUCAUUAAAAGAGCGCGCUCGAACUCCCCUGCUCAAAAUCAAAUUAUCAUUUCAUCUGGCAACGAUGACCGACAGAAAGGUCUCAUACGAAGCGUCAAGCGCACAAGCAACCUAGAAGCACCUAUCGUUAGCUUGAGCGGAUCUCACUCGGCGGAAAUUCUGAGCUGUAGAUUUGACCCUACUGGACAAAACAUUGCUGCUUGUUCAGCGGACAGAAGUGUCUCUUUGUGGAGGACGUAUCCACCAAAUACCAACUACGGCCUCCUCUCUAGCCACCAUAAAGCGCCCAUCCUUGACCUUCAAUGGUCCCUCUUCUCACCGCUCCUUUAUACCGUAUCCGCAGACCAAAUGCUGUCCUUUACGGAUCUUACCACCGGCCAGCGGACAAGAAAAAUUCGUGCUCAUCGCGGAAUUAUAAACGCGCUGGACCGGACUAUGGCAGGCGGUGCUGGUAUCGAGCUCAUUGCCACCGCCUCAGACGAUGGAACUGUACGUGUGUGGGAGGGUGGCGAAGAUGGUUCGAAGAGCAGUGUUGCAGUGUUUGAACUCGGAUGUCCAGCGACGAGUGUCGCGUGGAGUGCGGAUGGGCAGAACCUCUAUAUUGGCGCGCUAGACAACGAGAUUCAUGUAUAUGACUUGCGCAAGGGCGAGCAGGUUUAUGCCCUGACUGGUCAUACGGACACGCCGACGUCGCUUGCAUUAUCACCCAAUGGUGCCUACCUCCUCUCACCUUCAUUCUCAUCUCAUACCGUCAUUCAUGAUGUACGCCCGUUUUCGCCCUCGCCAACGAGGAUACACCGUGUGUUGCAGGGUGCUCCAGCUGGUUUCGAGAACACGCUUUUGAAAGGUGCAUGGAGCAAGGACGAUGGGGGACAACGGGUCGCGGUCGGUGGUGCGGAUCGGAUGGUUUGUGUUUGGGACGUCGACAGUGGGCGUGUGUUGUACAAGCUGCCGGGGCACAGGGGCACAGUCACUUGUGUAGACUUUCACCCAAAAGAGCCCAUCAUUCUUACUGGCAGCAAGGACGGAACUAUGCUGUUGGGCGAAUUAGAUUCUGGUGUGUAAAAUAAUGCGAUGCGUCAAGUAACGCGGAGCGCCGCUGUCACAUUUGAUAGUUUGAUAUUUCAGUUCAAACUCACCAGACAUCGAUUUGUUGUUAUUCUUAUCAUCCAUGCUGCAUUGAAUUAAUAUUAGUCGCGGCUUCCUCGGAAAGUAAGUUCGUGCAUUAGUAAUUUAAAAGUAUUGUCGACUGUGA